CAGACGACGACGGCAGCGGUCGGUUCGUGCCGUCUCCGCGACGACUUUCCCUUGAAGUUGAGGUUGCAUCGCCGUUUCACCCUUUUUAGUGUUAAUAAACCUGCUUAGACAAAGCCACGUCUGCAGAGUCAUUAAUACGAGGAAGGCGUUCAUAGCCACGUCCAUCGUGACGGCACAGUGAAACGGCGGCAUCCUCGUUGGGCGACAUCCUCGUCGGGCGACAUCCUCGUCGGAAGUAAAAAGGCGACAUCCACGUCGGAAGACUUUAAGGUCAUUUCAUCCACCAGAGUGAAUCUACGCUGACUACUACUACGCCUGAAGCAGUACGGCAUACAGCAGUGUCCCAGCAUUCGUCACCUGGUCAACGCAGCUAUGACUGACAAAGCACCGUCCACCAUGGCAUCGUUCAUCAAGAAGCCUACUUCCAUCAAAUCAAGUACCUACAGGACCCGAUCAGAGUCGAGUUCUGUAGAUUCUGCCGCAGCGAAAGCAAGAGCAAAAGCGGAAGCAGCAAAGGCUCGUUUAAGCUUUGCAGAGAAAGAAAUGAGCUUAAAAUUGGAGAAAGCUAAACUUGAAGCAUCCAUCGAGCUGCUACAACAAGAAAAGGAUGUAGCAUCAGCUAUAGCAGAAGCAGAGGUCUACGAGGCAGCAGUUGCCUCACAGCAAGAUGCACGAAGCAACGUCCCUCCUUCUGAAACUGCCGAGCGCACAAAACAGUAUGUUUUAACUCAGGCCACAUCAGCAACAAGGUCCUCUGAGUCAUCACUAAACAUUGAAAGUCAAAGACCAUGUGAACGAGAACACACAAGCAUGCAAGUCAACAAAGAAAAUAAAAACGCACAUUUUGCAACAAAUAUUUCUGUCCCCAAUCCAAAUUGUGAACAGCACAAUCCAGCAAAUGCCUAUCAGCCUGGCAGUACCAGUUGGUCCCAGAAGAGGUCACCAUCUACUAAUUAUAAUGCAAUACUUUUUCAACAAGAACCAAGAGACAAUGAACACAGUAAUGUACCCAGUAAAUGACUUUAAUAGGUAUUUUGCUCGCAGAGAAAUUGUUGCAACUGGGUUUGUUCAAUUUAAUGACAAACCUAAAAAUUUUAGAGCAUGGAAACGCUCAUUCAGCAACGCAAUCAGAGGACUUGACUUAACAACAAGUGAAGAAAUGGACUUGUUGUUAAAGUGGCUUGGUAAGGAAUCUUCUGAGCAUGCUGAGCAAAUUAGAGCCAUACACAUUAAUAAUCCUGUUGCUGGACUCGAGAUGAUCUGGGACAGGCUUGAACAAUGCUAUGUCUCAGCUGAAGUGAUUGAGGAUGCUCUAUUUAAAAGAUUAGACUCAUUCUCAAAAAUCACAACUAAAGACUAUGUUAAACUGAGAAAGUUUAGCGACUUAUUACUGGAAAUGCAGUGUGCUAAGGCUGAAGGAGACCUUCCUGGACUCGCAUUCCUGGACACGGCCAGGGGAGUAAAUCCCAUUGUCCAAAAGCUCCCAUUCAAUUUACAGGAAAAGUGGAUAUCAGUUGGAGCCAACUACAAGACCAAGCAUCGUGUCUCGUAUACACCAUUUAGCGUGUUUGUCAAAUUUGUAACACAAGAGGCAAAUGCCAGGAAUGACCCCAGUUUCCAGUUCUCUUCACAUCCGGAUGCUCCUCCCAAAGCAGAAAAGGUGCCCUGGAGAGCAAACAGGCAAAAAGAAAUUUCGGUGCACAAAACUGAAGUAGUCGCAAGCUUUAACUCAGACUCUCAAACAAGCACUAGUAGAAAAGUGGACUUUGACAAACUGUGUCCUAUUCACAAAAAGGACCAUCCUUUAGCCAAAUGUAGAACGUUUCGCUAUAAGCCUCUUGAAGAGCGAAAAGCCUUUCUAAAAGAGAACAACAUCUGCUACAAAUGUUGUGCUUCCUCCAAGCACAUAGCCAAAGACUGUAAGGUAAAGAUACAAUGUUCUGAGUGUAACAGUGAUAAACAUUGUGCUGCUCUUCACCCCAGUCCAGGCUCACAGCAAAAAGACACUGAACCAGCAGCAGAGCAUGGCGGGGAGCCAUCUGCCGACGAUUCAGGUUCCACAGAUCCAGACGAGAUUAACUCCAAAUGCACUCUGGUUUGUGGCGAAAGCGAAGCAGGUAGAUCUUGUUCCAAAAUCUGCCUUGUACAGGUGUAUCCUGCUGGUUCUCCUAGUAAAGCAGUACGACUCUAUGCUAUUCAUGAUGAACAGAGUAACAGGUCAUUAGUUCGUCCAGAGUUUUUUGAGUUGUUUAAUGACUCUGGCCCUAGCGCUCCCUACUCGCUUAGAACAUGCUCAGGUGUUAAAGAGACUAUGGGUAGGAGAGCCACUGGGUAUGUAGUGGAGGCUUUAGAUGGUUCAGUCCACAUCCCACUCCCUAGCCUCAUCGAAUGCCCAGAUAUCCCAAACGAUAGGGAUGAAAUACCGACGCCUGAUGCAGCUAGACAUCACGGUCACCUAAAGUCCGUGGCUCAUCUCAUUCCUGAUUUGGACUCUCACGCUCAAAUACUAAUGCUCCUGGGACGGGACGUAGUAAGAGCACACAAAGUCCGCAAGCAGAUAAGUGGCCCUCACAACGCACCAUACGUACAAAAAUUGGACCUCGGGUGGGUCAUAGUAGGAAACGUGUGUUUAGGAGAUGUCCACAGAAAUUUGGCCGUAAAAACUCUCUUCACAAAUGCAACAGAGAAGGGCCGCCCAACAAUUUUUGAGCCAUGUCCAAAUGUGUACAGUGUAAAAGAAAAAUACUGUGAAAUUCAAGUUCCUUUCAACCUCAGCACGCAGCUCAUUGACAGCACCACUUGUGAAUCUGACCACUUGGGAUGUAAUGUGUUCAAGCAAACCAAAUUCGACAAUUGCAUCUCACCGUCAGUUCAGGACAUCGCCUUUCUGAAGAUUAUGGAGGAAGGUCUAACAAAGGACAAAGACAAUAACUGGACAGCGCCACUACCUUUCAAAUCGCCUCGUCCAAAACUACCAAAUAACAAGUCUCAAGCACUCAAACGCCUUAUGUCACUUGUCCGCAACUUCGAAAGAAAAGCAGAGCUGAAGCAGAACUUCGUUAGUUUCAUGGACAAAAUAUUCCAAAAUGAGCAUGCAGAAAUUGCUCCCCCUCUAAAAGAUGAAGAGGAAUGUUGGUAUUUGCCGCUGUUUGGCGUAUACCACCCAAGAAAACCCAAGCAGAUCAGAGUAGUUUUUGACAGCAGCGCCAAGCAUGAAGGUGUGUCACUAAACGACGUGUUGUUAACUGGACCAGACCUUAACAACUCACUGCUUGGAGUCCUAAUGCGCUUCAGAAAGGAAGAUGUCGCAUUCACAGCAGACAUUGAACAAAUGUUUUACUGUUUUAGUGUUCGAGAGAAAGACAGGAACUACUUACGCUUUUUGUGGUUUCGUGACAAUGACCUUUCAAAAGACAUCGUAGAAUAUAGAAUGACUGUUCAUGUCUUCGGGAAUUCCCCAUCUCCCGCAGUCGCCAUCCACGGUUUGCAUCAGUCAGUUUUGCAAUGUGAGCCAGAGUGUGAUCCAGAUGUAAUGCAGUUUGUCACACGCGACUUCUACGUGGAUGACGGGCUCAAAUCCCUGCCCACUGUUGAAAACGCAGUGUCACUUUUGCAAAGAACCCGUGACACACUUGCAAAAUCAAAUUUAAGAUUACAUAAAAUCGCAACAAACAGAAAAGAAGUUCUGGAAGCUUUUCCAGCUCAAGACCACGCCAAAGAUCUAAAAGACUUAGACUUUGAAGCGGACUCCAUCCCAAUGCAGCGGAGUCUUGGCAUCCUUUGGGACAUCAAAAGAGACUGUUUCACCUUCAAGACAUCAGGUGAGACCAAACCUUUUACAAGAAGAGGCGUUUUAUCAACAAUAAAUAGCCUUUACGACCCAUUAGGCUUUGUGGCACCAGUCACUAUUCAGGGAAAACAUAUUCUCCGAGAGCUCACUGUUGAGAAUGGAGACUGGGACGUUCCAUUGCCCCCAGAAAUGGAAGAAACCUGGACAGUUUGGAAAGACUCUCUUGAAAAACUAUCCGAGCUGUCAAUCCCCAGAGCAUACACGAGCAUUUCUCCUUCUCACGCUCCAAAGAAAGAACUGUGCGUUUUCUCUGACGCUUCUACCAAGGCGAUAGCAGCAGUAGUUUAUCUAAAAGUUUCAGAUGCUGAAGGAGAUUGUCAGGUUGGCUUUGUUAUGGGAAAAGCAAAGUUAGCGCCACGCCCAGAUCAAACCAUACCAAGGUUAGAACUCAGCGCUGCCGUGUUAGCAGUAGAGCUGGCAGAUCUGAUCUCAAGUGAACUAGAUCUUGAGCUAGACAACAUUACAUUCUAUACAGACAGUAAGGUUGUCUUAGGCUAUAUUUACAACGAAACACGAAGAUUUUAUGUCUACGUUAGCAAUCGUGUCAACAGAAUCCGCAAGUCAUCCCAGCCGAGCCAGUGGCGGUACAUAGCCAGCAGCCAGAACCCCGCAGAUCACGCCACACGUUCUGUUUCUGUGUACCAGCUGCCCCUGACUAACUGGUUCACGGGCCCUGACAUUCUGUUUCAGAACCAUAACUCUGUUAAUGACACCUUCAACCUUCUCGAGCCCAACACUGAUGCAGAAGUAAGACCGCAGGUAUGCACACUUAAAACAACUGCCUGCUCCAAACAACUUGGCUCUGACAGAUUUUCAAAAUUUUCUACCUGGAAAUCUCUCACUCGCGCACUUGCUCGCCUUUUGCACAUUUGUCGCAACUUCAGUGUACUUCCAAGCAAGUCAAACCAGUGUCAUGGCUGGCACUACUGCAAAACAGGACUCACUGUAGCUGAACUCAACCAAGCCCAAAACGUUGUUAUUCGAACAGUGCAACAAGAUGUGUAUGUUGAGGAAAUGAAGUGUCUACAAAAGCAAGACGAACUUCACAAAGCAAGUUCUUUGAAAAACUUGGACCCGUUCUUGGAUGAAAACGGACUUUUGCGAGUAGGUGGUCGCAUCACCAACUCUAACGUAAAUGCCAAUGAAAAGAAUCCAAUCAUUCUACCUGGCCACCAUCACGUCGCAGCACUUCUGAUCAAACACUACCAUGAGCAAACUUCUCACCAAGGUCGCUUGUUCACUGAAGGAGCUGUCCGUGCAGCAGGAUGGUGGAUUGUAGGAGGCAAGAGAAAAGUCAGCACAAUUAUCUAUCAUUGCACAACAUGCAAACGCCUUCGUACUCCUGUAAGCACACAGAAAAUGUCUGACCUGCCUUCAGACCGUCUUUCAACAGACCCUCCAUUCACAAACGUGGGCAUAGAUGUAUUCGGCCCAUGGUUUGUGUCAUCAAAAAGAACAAGAAGUCAUAGCAUUCAAAGCAAAAGAUGGGCUGUCAUUUUCGCAUGUUUAAGUGUAAGAGCGGUCCACAUAGAAGUGAUAGAAUCACUUGACACAUCUAGCUUAAUUAAUGCACUGAGGCGGUUCCUAGCAAUUAGAGGACCAGUGAAGACCAUUCGCUCUGAUAGAGGCACAAACUUUAUCAGUGCAUGCAAAGAACUUAAGAUCCCUUCAAACAUGGACAAUACAGCAGUACAAGCCUACUUGAGAGAACAAGGAUGUACAUGGACUUUUAAUCGGCCACAUGCUUCUCACUUUGGUGGAUCGUGGGAAAGGAUGAUCGGUCUCGCACGGAGAAUAUUGGACACUAUGUUCUUCCAGCUCAAAAACACCAAGCUCACCCAUGAGGUUCUUGUCACCUUCAUGGCGGAGGUUUCAGCAAUCAUAAAUGCUCGACCCAUCGUUCCCGUCUCAACUGACCCAGGUGACCCGCAGAUUCUGACUCCAGCUACCCUGCUCACACAAAAGGGAACCCCACUUCAAGCACCAGCAGGCGACUUCACAGUGUCGGAUCUUUACAGACAUCAAUGGCGCCAGGUCCAGCAUCUGGCAAAUACAUUCUGGAACAAGUGGAAGAAAGACUUUUUGCCUACGCUGCAGCCACGCCGCAAGUGGCAAUCCAACCAGCCGAACAUUGUUCCAGGGAGUACAGUUGUACUCAAGGACAGUCAAUUACCCAGAAACCAGUGGCCUCUUGGACUCAUAACACAAGUGUAUCCUUCUAAAGAUGGUAAAGUUCGUACAGUAGAGGUUAAAAUCGCUAAAUCGGAGGGCAUUAAAACCUUUACUAGGCCCAUUUCUGAUGUCGUUGUAUUAGUUCCCACAUAAGUAUGUUUAAAGUUAGCUUAUAGUGGCGUUAGAUCACGCCAGACGGGGAGUGUUCUGUUCUGCAUAAAAGAUUGAUGGUUGUGUGAUUGAGUGCCUGACUGUUAUUGCUUUUGCGUCUUGUUGGCACCACCUUGUGGACACCUUGAUUUGCUGCAUCUGAUGCGCAUUUUGUUUUAGGGAAACUAUAAUACGGAAGUGACGUCAAAUGGACAAUCAGACGACGACGGCAGCGGUCGGUUCGUGCCGUCUCCGCGACGACUUUCCCUUGAAGUUGAGGUUGCAUCGCCGGUACGUGUUAUUUAAAUUCGUUUGAAAACGUUAAUAUGUAUGUACUUUAGUGCAUAAAAAGGAGAGAUUCACAUGGCAUGAAACUUUGUGUUAUGCUGGUUGCCCACGAGUUGGAGGGUCGGCAAAAUGGCGUCUCGGGCGUUCUGCUAGUUUUUAUUUGUAUAUGUUUGCUACAGACAUGGCAGUGUAUAUGCAAUUUCUUGCAUUGUGCAUAUUUUGACUGUGUGUUUUGUGUGUUUUCUUU